AUGUUGCCUUCCCAAGAAGCCUCCAAGAUUUACCAUGACAAUUACAUGCGCAACUCGCGUGCCAUCGGCGUGCUGUGGGCCAUCUUCACCAUCUGCUUCGCCAUCGUCAACGUGGUGGUGUUCAUUCAGCCCUACUGGAUCGGCGACAGCGUCAACACGCCGCAGGCCGGAUACUUCGGCCUAUUCCACUACUGCGUGGGCACGGGGCCGUCGCCCAGUCGCGAGCUGACGUGCGUGGGCAGCUUUUCCGACUUUAGCUCCAUCCCGUCCGGAGCCUUCAAAGCGGCGUCGGUCUUCGUGCUGCUGUCCAUGGUGCUGACCCUGAGCUGCAUCGCCUGCAUGGCGCUCUUCUUCUUCUGCAACACCUCCACCGUGUACAAGACGUGCGCGUGGAUGCAGCUGCUGUGCGGUAAGUGA